CUUGUUUGCGCUGAAACGCAGUGGUUAGGACUCGCAUUGAAGUUUCAAUCUGGUUAACUUUCAAUAACAUUAUAGUUUUGUUGCAACAAAAAAUUGCGCAACUGUUUUUAUUUAUUUGUUACCUCCUUGGUAGCGGUUGUUGUUGUGGCGUCCCGUGGGAACAGCUGACUCACGGACUGUAGGCCGGGCGGCACCGGGACAUGGCGGUGUUUGAGCCGGUAGCCUACUCUUCCUCCCCUGCGGAGUAGAUCAAAGGUACUCGCUGAUACCCUCCUGGGGGCUGACCCUUCACCGAGUCAAGAUGAUCGGGUCACCGGACCUGCUGGCCUUCACCAGCACGGAAGGCUUUGGGGAAGAGGAAGAUGAGCAGGAGGCUCAGGGUCUACCUGAAGAGCUCUCUGUCCCUCUCUUCCCCUCUUCUCACCCCUGGAGCACAGCAGCACAGUUUCACAGAGACUUCAUACUGGUGGCUGAGUUCUCAGAGCAGGUGGGUCCAUCCCCUGUGCUGACAAUACCGGAGGACUCCAGAGUCCUCGGGUCAUUUGACCUCAACCACUUCUCUGUUCGCAUCAUGUCUGUGGACUACCAAGCGUCUGGCCCCGGCCACACCCCUCCAUCCUCUCCCGGCCCCCGACUCAACUUCAGCGAGGACUCCAAAGUAAUCCUGGGAGAUUCAGCAGAGGAUGCAUUUGCAUAUGUUCAUCACCUGACGCUGUAUGACCUGGAGGCUCGGGGGAUGGUGCGCCCUUUCUGCAUGGCCUACGUGUGCUCGGACCAGGUGAAGCUGAUGGAGAACUUUUCUGAGCUAUCGACACGCUUCUCUGAGGCAGCUGAAAGCCUCAAGACGGGGAACAGACAAGCAUUUUCUAUUGAGCUGCAGAGAAAACUACAGGAGCUCGAGUACAGACGGCUGACCCUUCGAAAGGACGCAGAACGCCAGACAACGGUAAACGGGUUGACAGAAUCUGAAGGAGAAAGUGAAGAGCUCGAAGCUGUGGAGCGUUCAAUCUUAAAUCACAGAGAGCUCCUUCGUCAGGUCGCAUCUUACCCAAACAGGAAGCUCAAACAGCCCGACUUCUUGCCCUAUGACCCAGCCACCUCUCUCACAGAUCCAUUGCUGUUGCCACCUUUUGAGCCAGGCUUCUCGUUCUCCACCCCACCCUCCAUCUCCUGCAAGUCAGAGCACCACCUGAAGCCGCUGGAGGAGCUUUGCAAAGAAUACUACCUGUCUCUUACGAAGGACCGGCUCAUAGACACAGAGCGAUGUCUCCGUGGUGACAGAAGUGUCCUGCGAACUACUUAUGCCACACAAUCGUUGUCCAGGAGACUAAUGCUCACCAACUUCCUGUUUGAGCUAUGGAGCCCGGAUGAUGCUGAUGAAGAGGGCACUGAGGUGGAGCUGCUGAAGGACACAGGGAGUAAGAGGACUGGCGAGGCGUUUCAGCCAGAACCACCAAGCAUGGAGUCGUUCUUCUCCUGUGUGGAGGAGAUCCCAAUCAAACUGGAGGCAGCAGAAGCACAUACACUGACCCCUGAGCCUGGUCCUGGCACAGAGAUGACAGGGAGUGUAAGCAGCAGUGACAGCAUCGAAGUGCUUGGAACUGAGAAGUCGUACAUGACGCAGCAUGUCGCUACUGGAGCCGACAGCAGAGACACCCCAGUCGGAAUGACAGAGAGUUGCAGCAGGCGUGCAGCAGUAGACACUGGCAUCAGACGCCCGCGAGCUUAUGCAAAGCGUGCCAACAGUGAGGACAGCAUUGAGGUGCUCAGCACCACAGAAUCCAUCCUUCCCGAAGACCUCACCGCCAUCACAGAGGAGGAAGCAGAGCUGCAGCCUCUGAGCAACGGCUUUGAGAAUGAAGAAGAACCACAGACGGAGGAUAAGUCUCACAAAGUCCUCAAAGAGGAAGAGACACUGAAUGCACCUGCUGCAGUAAGCGAGGAUGAAAAUGAGGAAGAUCAGUGUUGCGUUGAAAGUGAAGAGCCUUUGGAGCAAACAAUGGUUACUGAUGACAUCACGAUCAAAGAGCAGCCAGGCGCCAUAAAGAUGAAUCAGUUUCACAAAGACAAUAGUGAAGAGAAGACCUCCAAACUACUGCAAGCUGACGAAGCGAUGAAGCCCUCACCUGAGGUUCACCAGAAGGUGCGGCUGAUUCCUCAGGACCAUGUGAACUUUGCACCUGCUUCCUACAUGGCCGAGGUGGAUCGCUGGUCUUCCCCCCGCCCUCCCCUGCGGCUGCUGAGUGUUGAUGAGGAGUCAACACUUAGCAGCAUCAGUUUCACUGAAUCUUCAGAGCCCCCAUCCCCCAUUCAAAAUAUCCACAGCAACAUCUGCUGGGAUAAGAGGAGGAGGAGAAAGGCUGGACUCAGAGCCCUCAGGUUUAUCAAGCACAACUCCUUCUCCCAGCAUGCAGUGUUCUGUCUCCUUAGUGGCCGGCCACUGGUUGUCAUCGGAGGAGACGAGAAUCUAGUCAGGAAGACGGUGGAUGCUCUGACCCUCUUCCUGCCUGCUCCUGGUCCUCAUAGAAGUGCUGUGAAGAUGUGUUUGACCACGCCCCUUCAGCUGACUGACCUGCUCACCUGGAGACUGAUGGGAGUGCACAGAUCAUCCUCGGCUUCUUUUUCCACCAUCCUUCCUUCUCUGAGUCGCUACAGUCGUUAUUUGGCUCUGCUGGACCUCGACCAGAGGACGCUGCGGUGCCCGUCUUACUCUGGUUCUCUUCUCAGCAGACUGACCAAUCCUCACACUGGUAUCAUCCGGGGCAUCACCUACAUGCAGCAUCUGGAGAGCUGCCUUGCUGCGCUGGUCAAUCGCGUACUGGUGCACACUUUUAUACCUCUUUUUAAAAAUCUAUGCGUGGCUAAAGAGAAGGGUGACACAGAAGAGGAUUCCUGGUGUGAACGAGGACUUUGCAGCAGUGAAUGUGAUUUGAGAGUGAUAAGCUAUCUGUCUCAUCUCAUUAAACAGCGGUAUGCGGGGCGUGGACCGCCAGUGUUAAGAUUCGCUUACAGCUCAGUGCAAACGCACAGAAACACAAUGACAUCAUAAGAGUCGAGACGGAGAAAAA